GGGCGGGCUCAGGGAGCCCCACCCAGGGGCGGGGCCACGCGCUUCUCUGGAGCUCCGCUCUGUAGAGUGGGAAUGUGCUGUCUGCAGCUUAGAAAAGCACAUGCAAGACCUACCAGAAUCCGCCCGCACUACCAGCAGAUUUCACACGAUUGUUGGGUGAAAGCUCUGCGGCUCUGCCCAGGUCACCUCCCUCGGAACUCCGCGGCUGAAGGUCGGUGCCAGCCCUCGGCCCCCUGCUGUGUCGGAAGGUUAGAGCCGCGGGAGCCUGGGAGGCGGAGGCGGCGGCCCAGGAAGGAACAGCGGCACCCGGGCUCUUCCUCUUGCAGAACUCACAAGAUCUCUCGUAAAGAAACUUGUAGUCAGAACUUUAUGCUGCAUUUUUACGCAGGAAAGAAGCAGGAAGAGAAGAGUGCCAUUUCCUAGGAACCCAGCACUGGAGAAACCCAUGAGAAUUUUGACUGAAUUAUGAGUGGCUCCUGAUGGAGACCUGAAAAAAGAGGCAACCGGAAGUGAACAAGGAGCAAUUCAUUGAUCAUCUACUCAAAAGAGGCUCAAAGAGGAAGAGUCUUCCAAGGAUGGUCUCCCAUUCGGAGUUGAGGAAACUUUUCUGUUCCGCGGACGCAGUGUGCUUUGAUGUUGACAGCACAGUCAUCAGAGAAGAAGGAAUUGAUGAGCUCGCCAAAUUCUGUGGCGUUGAGGACGCUGUGUCGGAAAUGACACGGCGGGCCAUGGGUGGGGCAGUGCCUUUCAAGGCUGCCCUCACAGAGCGCUUGGCUCUGAUCCAGCCCUCCCGGGAGCAGGUGCAGAGGCUCAUAGCGGAGCACCCCCCACACCUGACGCCGGGCAUAAGGGAGCUAGUAAGUCGCCUCCAAGAGCGAAAUGUUCAGGUUUUCCUAAUAUCUGGUGGCUUCAGGAGCAUUGUAGAGCACGUUGCUUCAAAACUCAACAUCCCGCCAACCAAUGUGUUUGCCAAUAGGCUGAAAUUCUACUUUAAUGGUGAAUAUGCAGGUUUUGAUGAAAUGCAGCCAACAGCCGAAUCUGGAGGGAAAGGAAAAGUUAUUAAACUUUUGAAGGAAAAGUUCCAAUUUAAGAAAAUAGUCAUGAUUGGGGAUGGAGCCACAGACAUGGAAGCCUGCCCUCCUGCCGAUGUUUUCAUUGGAUUUGGAGGAAAUGUGAUCAGACAACAAGUAAAAGACAACGCAGAAUGGUACAUCACUGAUUUUGUAGAGCUUUUGGGAGAACUGGAAGAAUAAUGUCAAUUUUUAUACAGUUUAUAACAACUUCAGGUUAAUUUUUAAAAGUUAUACAGUUUGAUACCGUUCGCUUAUAAUUGCCUAUUAUGACUUAAUGUAUAGAUUUCGUACUGAUUAUCUGUACUUCCAGGUAAACUACAGAAAAUUGCUCUUUUUUUAACUGCAGUCCCAGCAUUAUUAUGACCGUUAAUUAUCUGGAGAGUUUUAUAAUCUGAAUUCUUUAUGUAUUUUCCUAGCGAUAUUUUAUUUGAAACCUUUUAAAGGUGGAUAGUAAAUUAAACACCUUCCGUAUUGGAAAUAUAGGUUAGGCAGCUUUAAGUGAAUGUUGGUUUUCCCUCUGGUAGGUAAAUAAAAGUUUAUCCAUGUAUCAGUUCA